CUUGACUUCACCAUGGCUCGUAAUCAAGAGAAAGCUCAGUCUAUGCUUUAUCGCUUUCGCGAAGCCCAAGCUGCCGAACUAGGCCUUGGAACUCGAGCCGAUCGUCGCCCACGUAUGGCAAGUGCCUGCAAGAGUCUCAGAGAAGCUGAACGUUGGCGCGGCGAACUUCUUCGCGAGGUUAGCCGCAAGGUGGCCAAGAUUCAAGACCCGGGGUUGAGUGACUACGAACUUCGCGACCUCAACGAUGAAAUCAACAAGCUUCUGCGCGAAAAGCGGCACUGGGAGAACCAAAUUGUCGCUCUUGGGGGUGCCAAUUAUCGUCGCAAUGUAGCUAUGCUCGAUGACGACGGCAAAGAGGUCCCAGGCACUAAAGGUUACAAGUACUUUGGUCGUGCAAAAGAGCUCCCUGGUGUCCGGGAAUUGUUUCAGAGCAAAAAGAACGAGGAGGAAGAGGAAAACCAAGCCCUCGCCUUCUACUCAAAAUUCAUGAACCAAGGCCCAACCUACUUUGGAGAUUCGGACGAGGCUGAUGAUGAACUACUUGAGUUUGAAAAAGGCUUAGAGAACGAAGACUGGGAAGAAAUAGCAAGGAAUCUUCGCGCUGCCUUGGGUUUGCCGGAGGAUGCAGUUGUACCACGACCACCAUCGAUAGCUCCACAAGACACAGGUGUUGAAGAAUCGAUGCCUGACGCCAACUCACCCGUAGCCCAGACACUCGUUCAUGCUCGAGUUGCUGCGGCACACAUGACUUUUCUUUCACCCUCACUCCUUAUCCCACCAAAACUCCCGACUACAGCAGAGUUGGAGACAGUGCUUUUGGCCUUGCGAAAGAAGGCUUUGGUGGAAGAGUAUUUUGGUGACGAUGCGUAG